AAUUCUUUUCUAAUAAUGCUGUUUGUAAUAUCAGUAGUCAGUUGGACCAAGUUAACUCUGAGCAAAUUGAAGGGACUAUAAAACAGCCAAAUAAGCUGUCAGAAGGAACUAGAGCAGAAGCUUGUGGUAGUGUUAGUACCUCUAAGAAGAAUCUAGUAAAUAAUAUUAGAGAUGAAGUUGAGAAUGAAGGUUUUAUCAACCUUAAAGAAGAUAAUAUCUAUAAAGAAUUUCAAGAAGUAGAUAAAAAGAUUAAAAAUGAAUUUAUUUGUUUUUUGAAAAAGGAAAAAGAAGAGUUAGUACCAAUUAAUAUUUUUUUGUUAGCUUUAAAUAUUCUUGAAAAAAAAUAA